AAGAGUUUUCCGGCUAGCAAAGCACAGAGAUCAUGGACGGCGACAAGCAGCUGGAAAGGCAGCUGGAGAAGGAGCUGGACGAGAUGCCGGUGCAGGAUUUGGAUGACGAUACCUACGAUGAGUACGAUCUGAUAGUGAUUCCCGACCAGGCCAAGACCGCCUCCCCGAAAAGGGAGCAAAAGGGAGAGGAGGAGGAGCCAGAGGAGAUCGAGGACGACGACGACGAUGAGGAGGAGGAGGAGGAGCCGCCAAAGAAGCAGGAACUGCGCCAAAACUGGCCAGGAUCAACAGGCGAGGAUAUGACCACCAUUGAGCUGAUCUCCUCGGACGACGAGCCCUCGGUGGAGGAGGGCGGAGCGGGGGGCAGCUCCUCCAGCAGCGAUGAAGUGGGCGUGAUCGAGGACUCCGAUAGCGAAUUGUCCAGCGACAUCGAUGCUCCCGGUGGCAACCAGCUGGAGCGAUCCUACCAGGAUCUGAUGGCCCUGCCCAACAAGCAUUUCGGCCAGCUGGUCAGCAUCAGCGAAAUUGCCUUCAAACUCAACGACCUGGAGAAGAUCGAGUCCUCAGUGCUCUCCCUGCAAAAGCUGGCCACUGUGCCGGCCCACAUUUGGCUCAAGUACUUGAAGGCCCGCCUGGUGGUCACCCAGACGCCCGACGAACGCAAGGAGUUCGAGGAGAAGUGCGCCAAGGCACUGGGCUACUACUACAACAUACCGCUCUCCGAGUUCAUUGUGAACUACCUGGUGGACCAGGGCAAUGUGCAGAACCAUGUGCUGUGGGCCAAACUGCUGGCCGACUACGACGUGGAGCGUCCGGACUUCGGCGACAAGCUGCGCCCGCUGCUCGCGACCAUCGAGGACGCCAAGGAGGCCGCCGCCUUCGAGGAACUCCUGCAGAAGCACUGCGUCAGCUGGAAAUGCAGCCCAGAGCAGCGGCAGCUCAUCAAACCGAUUGUGGACGACUUUAAGCGACACCUGGACGAGAUGAAGACGCAGCACAGCGACUGGGACUGGACGAAGAUCCACAAGAGUCAUGUGGCCGAGGUGCAGCAGCUGUCCCUGGAGGAUGACCUGAAGAAUGCCAUCAUUCGCUUCAUAUUCGAACGCACCGUGUCCAAGUUUCCCAUAGCCGACAUCCUGUGGCUCUCCUACAUCGAGUUUAUUCAGGGCGGGAGUUCCGAGGAGUUGGAGGAAGAGGAGAAUGCCGAAAGGGCCAGUCGCCUGGGCAAAGGCUUCCUCUGCAGCACCGCCCUGGAUUUGGCCAGGCGCGGCGUGCGCAGUCGACCCAGCGUGCGGCUGAAUCACCGAUUCCUUGACCUGAUGGAGCGGGCAGACUUCGAGCAGCCCGAGGUGGAUCAGCAGAUCAGCACCAUACUGCAGCGCAUUGUGCCCGACAUGACGAUGACGGUGGAGCUGCACCUGGACUAUCUGGCCUAUCGCGUGCGCAACACGAAUGCCGGGGACAAGGAUCAGGCGGCCAGCCUGCGCGCCGCCUUCAUUCGCGUCUGGGAUGAGCUGUCCGCGCACUACGGCGACGAGGCGGACACGCGCUACGAGGUGCUGCAGCUGUGGGCCCAGGUGGAGUACACGCACCUGGCCAGUCCGGCCAAUGGCGCGCACAUCUGGCGGCAGAUAAUGGGCUAUCCAGGCAGCUCGCAUCGCGGGUUGCUUUGGCUGGGCUAUGCCCAAAUGGAAAGCGAGUACAAUGCCGGCCAGGGCACCAGGGAUAUUCUGCGCGAGGCUUUAACCCAGCCCGCUCUGGAGGAUGGCCUGAUGGUGCAGGAGCUGUAUCGACGCUACGAACGCUGCUACGGCACCUACGAGUCCAUAGCCGCCUGUCAGGCCCUCGAAUUGCCAGCGGAAUACAUGAAGCCGCGUUCCCGCUUGAAGCCGAACUCCCAGCAGGUGUUUCCUCGCCAGCAGCAGCAGCAGCAGCCAUUGAAUCGCGAGCAGCGACGUCGUCAGGCGCACGAGCAACAGCAGCAGCAGCAGCCUCCGCUGGUAAGGAAGAGGCCACUGGGCAAAGCAGCUCCCAGAACUGAAUCACCGGAAGUUGCAACGAAAGCUACUAGGCUAACUGAAACGAAUCCUUCAGCGGAGAACCGGGAAUCUAACUUUAAGUAUUCGCCCCAUCUGGAGAUCAACAAGAUCUUUGUGAGGAACCUGCAUCCCGCCUGCUCGAAGGAGGAGCUGCACGAGCUGUUCUCGCCCUUUGGCAACAUCAAGGAUGUGCGCCUGGUGCACAAGCAAAACAAACAAUUCAAGGGCAUUGCUUACGUGGAGUUUGAGCUGCCGGGAGAAGCUCAAAGAGCGGUGGCUGGACGCGAUGGUCAACUGCUGAAGGGGAUGAAUAUAUCCGUUGCCAUAUCAAACCCACCGCCGAGGGGCUCCGCUGAUAUUAACAAGCCCAGUGUGGCGCCCAAGCGCCGCGUGCCCACCUCGCUGAUACCCACGACUUUGGUGCGCCAGGAGGUGGCCGCCAAGAAGCGUCGCCUGCUGCAGGUCCCCUUGGAUGGAUCCUCGACCGCCGAGGACUCCACUGAGCCAGAGGCUAAUGGCAAAUCCGCCAUUCCCGUGGAGGAAAAGGAAAAGGAGGAAGAACCAGUGGCUGCUGCGCCAAAGUCAAACGAUGACUUCCGCAAGCUAUUUCUUAAGGAUUAGGUCAUAAUCCCUCCGGCUGAGCCAGCAAUUAGUUUGUAUUCAAGGACGAAUAUUCGGAAUUUACAUUGUAAGAUUUAAGGCCACACAAAGUGAAGAUAAAAACACUUGUACAAAAUGAAACAAACACAAGACAAUGAUUUUUGGCGAUUCAUUAAUUGGUUUGAAAAUGUUAACCAAGUAAAAGAAGAGAUAAAUGUAUGAAUAUAAGCAAGUUUUAUAAAUGUUAGCCCUGAUGAUUUAAAAAAACGUACCAGAAACCGAAAUAAAAUGUACAAAAAC